GCAUGAAUGAACGCAAACACGCCUGAACCGAGAGUUUCGUGUGAAUCCAGGUUUAGGUGCUAUUUUGAAGAAAAACUUUGUGAUGGGUCUGCUUCAAUCCAGGAGUCACGAGAGUCCUCAGGUGAUCCUGGUGGGUUUGGAUUCAGCAGGAAAGUCCACCUUGCUGGCCCGGCUGCUGACAGGACAGGUGAUGGAGACGUCACCAACAAUCGGCUUUAACGUCGGAACGAUGAACCUGGACAAAAAACAUUCUCUGACUUUGUGGGAUGUUGGAGGACAGAAGGACAUGAGACCAAACUGGAGGUAUUACCUGGACAACUGUAAGGCUCUGGUUUUCAUGGUGGAUAGCAGUGACCGGGCUCGGAUGCCUGAGGCACAGAAGGCUCUGAAGAAAAUUCUGAGUGAUGAGAGGAUGCGAGAUGUUCCUCUGAUGGUUCUGGCCAACAAGAAAGACCUGCCCAACUCCAUGACCAUUCGAGAGGUCCAACUCUGAACGACUCUGACAUCUUGGUCCUUCGAAAGCCGGGUGCCAAUAGACUGGAAACUCGUCGACCCGUGACGGAGAACACCCGUGGAAGUCCGUGGCCGCGGCGCAGGAACCAGUUCCUGCAGACCCUUUUCCAGGGGACGGUCUUCUCCAUAACGGGUCGAUGCUUACCGGGGUGAAGGCAUUUGAAUUCAGCGGCAAAGUCUGAUCACGGGUGAGAACUGAAUUUCUUUACAUGCACGUGUGUGCGUGUGGCCAGGACCACUGCGAGGAAAAAAAACCCCGUAAUGUCUUUUUGGUUUGUCUCUUGGCUUGAACACUGUAAGGUGUGAGGCUAACGCCUGGCUGUAAAGUGUUAAAUUUUACUCUCUGAGAGAGAAAGAGAAAAGUCAGGUGGCUCAGUGGUUAAAGACCAUCUGUUACGGAGACACAUGCUCGUGCUGCAUCUCCCGCUGUGUCAGAUUGAGCCGCAACACUGACAACUGGCAAGAGACAACUAAAAGACCACUUUUGGGUCCAGAACAGCGCGUAAACAACUGUACAAUGUUUAGGUCAGUGAAAAACCUUCGGUGGGCGAGCCGUAAAAUUCUGAUAUAUAUUAUAUAAAUAUAUUACAUAAAUUCUGAUAUAAAAACUGGUUGGAGCUAAAACGUGAUAACAGCUGAAGCACAGCGGUGUGAAUGUGUGUGAAUGUGUGUGAAUGUGUGUGAAUGUGUGUGUGUGAAUGUGUUUG